UGCGGUUAAUUUUGGGGUGUUGCCGUCUUGAAAUAUCUCCACUUUGCAACCACUUCUAGGACGGUCUACCCCCCUUGAUUGACCCCCAUCGUUGAGAGGGAAAGAGGGCAAGAGCCCCACGGAUCGUCUCAACCAUGGAUCCGAAUGAAGACAGCCUUCAGAUGCUCAUCGGAAUGGGGUUUUCCGACCUGACCGAGAUAAAACGCGCGCUCUCCCUGAGCAAGAACGACUUGAAUGAAGCCGUAGCUAUUCUCACGAACGAGCAGCCAGGCUUGUCGUACGACACGGUUGAUGAAGUCGUUGAAAUGAAGGACAGAGGAGGCUCUGGGAAGUCCAAAGGGGAUCGCCCAGACCAGGUGCGCUUCUCAGACCCAGCACCGCCCAGUUACGACGAGGCGGUUGAACCAGACGAGGGAGCAAAGGUUAGUCCAGAGCAGUCGACCAUGGAUACCGGGGAGGAUCCCAAUGCAGAGACAUCCAAAGAGUUUCCGGCAACCAACUUGUACGAAUUGGAAGGGAGGGUAUUCACCGACCAGUGGUCCAUUCCUUACAAGAAGGAAGAGUCUCUUGGAAAGUGUCUCAUUGCAGCGGCUAGAUUUGCAGAGGAAAAUCUGAUUGACACGGAUGAGAACUGCCAGCGUUUUGUGAGUCGAUGCAUGCCAGAAGCCAUCAAGAAGUUGAUGGUAUCCAACGCUGUGCAUCGAUGGGGCGCUGAAAUACAGGAGGGUAUUUAUAACAUGAUGCAGCUGACUGUGGAUGUGAUUGCUGCCAGACUCAAACACAAGCCAGUCCCUGUCGAGUUACUUGGUGUACUCACAAUGGUUCUAAAUCCAGAGACGGAGUUCCAUUACAAGAAUCGAUCCAAAGCCUGGGAAAAGAAUCACUGGGAGGACACCUUCGGAGUUGGUCAGACUUAUGCCGUCCCUCCACUCUUCAAUACCUAUAAGGACCCAUGUGGAUGGCUGGUUAACCUGGUCAACAGGUUUGCUGAAAAAGGUGGUAUGGAAGAGCUCAAGACCAAAGCACUUGAACCGUUCGAGGAGCUUGAUCCAGCGAUCAUGGCAGCCCUGCUGCAGCCUGUUGGGGUGUGCUCAGAGUACCUCAACCCACUACGAGUUGCCACCUUCCUGGGCCCCGUGUCUAAACGUACCCUGACGUAUGUCCGGGAACUCGCUGAUAGUGACCUCAAACAGAAGAAAGCUGGCAGCGUCUCGGAUCUACUUUCCACCAUGAAGCUCCUAUGUCUGAACUUCUGGACAGAGGAUGUGAAGGAAGUGGAUGACCUGAGGCUGGACAUUGCUCUCAGGAUGCUGAAGUCACCUCACUUCAAUGCCAAGAUGAACAGCCUCAAGGAGAUAACUAAACUGAUUGAAGACUCUUCAGCGAGGAGCAAUCGUAAUGCGAUCCAAGAAGACGUCAUCUUAGAUUGGUUGGUUGAAAAGAAAGUUCUGUCAAUCGCUCUUGAAGGUAACAUUGAUCAAUCCCAGUACUGUGAGAGACUGAAAGGUAUCGUGGUCUUUCUGGGAACAAAGCUGUCCCUCGAUGAACUCACUGGGAUGUGGAAUAUGCAGAAUGAUCAGCCAUUGACUGUGGUGGAGAACAUGCAUUCUAUAAUGGCCGCUGCUGCAGUCAAGUUUAGCUCUGAGCAGCUGGAGCAUCUGUUCUGUCUCAUACAGAAGGCCUGGACGGGGGAGAAUGACCGCAUCCAAGAGAAACUCCUCAGUUUGAUUGGCCGUAUCGGCCGCGAAGCGCGCAACGCCAAGACCACUUGCAAGGUCCUGGAGCUACUCUGGGACUUGGCGCAUCUGGCCGGUAUCGCCACGCCCCAUCUGCAGCAUGCUCUGGACGAGCAGUUGGUCAUUCUCAGUGAUUCCUUUACAGUGAACAUGACGGUCAAACAGAAGUACAUCAGUAAAUGUGUAGGAGAUAUAAAGAAGGGUUUGUUGGUCGUCCCUGCAUUGAGGCAGUUGCAUUCAAUCACCAAGGGCAUCACAAAGCAGAGCUAUACCAAAGACAAGGGCUUGCCCCAGGAGCUGAACAGAACCUAUGAUAUCAUCAAAUUAACUACGCAGAGUCUUCUGAAGUAUCACAAGAUGGCCGUCUCGUCAUUAGAAGGCAUUCCCUUAGAACCUCAAACUAUGAUGGAUGGAAGAUACUCGCAUGAAGAGUAUGUGGAUGUGCAUCUAAGGUUCCUGGCCUUUAUUCUGCAAGAGGGGGCGCUCUAUCUUCACUGGCAUCGAGCUAGAGAUAUAUGGGACUGUCUAGUUGCCAACCCAGAUGCCUGUGAAUUAGACAAAGAGACCUGCUUUGAGUGGUUCCGCAUUGGUCUGACGGAUCUGGAACCGGAGCCUCAGAUGCAACUCUUCAAGGAGAAACUCCUGAAGCUAGACCCGACCACCCUCUCACCGACAGGCUUCGAGUGUGUCAAACCAUUCUUUGAAUCCAUUAAUAUGAACAACCAUUGCCUGAAGAAAACCUCCUCCGGUCUGGUUGUUGAGAAGCUUGAGCUAUACGGCCUUGACUUCAUGUGGCAGAUUGCUCUGGAGACGACCUCAGAAGAAAUUGCAGAUCAGGCCAUUAGACACCUGAUGAAGAUGUGCUAUACCAACUUGUCACCCAAACUUAAGAAGGACCCUGUGGCACUACACAAAUCCUUUAUAGCUGAGUGCUACAGGAGGUUAGAGCUGGCCUCCAUCACUAUUGGAGGUACGGCAAUAGCAUUUGUCAUAUCCCAGGCCACCAAGACUCUGACUGCUGCCACCGUGCCGGAGGUCGCCACUCUACCAAGUCCCUCAAGGUCAGCAAAAUUGUUGGUAAUUGAACGCCUCCUGAAGCUUGCAGAGACAUACAUCACCACGGUUGAGGAUCAGCACCUCUCCCCUCGUACAAUCCUACCUCACGGUGCCUCCUACCAGGGUCACCCCAUCACGAUGCAAGUCACAUGCGACUCACCAAAGUAUGACUUUGUCCUCGUGGGUCACGGAAAUGAGACAUUACAGAGUGUGCGUCAACGUAUUGCCCAUCGCAUGAGAACAACAGUUGAAAACAUCCAGAUUGCUGCAAAUGAUAGAAUGUUGACUUCUAGCAAGUAUCCAAAGCUACUGAGGCAGCUAGAGUUUGAAGAUCAGCAGUUGCUGACUGUGAAGCAGCUAGGAGCGACCGUGUCAAGAAUGGAUGAGAGCAUACCAUUCACUGGCAGACAGUCCUACAUGGCCGAAGUGGAGAGGUCGUUACCGGGUGUUGUCAUGGCGAUGGGAGGUCAAGUCUUUGAGAUGUUGUACCAGCUGGCCGAGCUCGAAGGCUCAAGGUUAACAGAGCGAGUUAGGAAUCUCCUCAUGCUUAUACCAACGGACCCUACAGUACAAGAAGCUUUAGACUCAAUAUGCAGACAGAGUGAAGGAACAUCAGUGGAUUGGGGCGAUGGUUCCAGUUCUCCUAAAGAAACCACCAAAGCCACACUGGAUUCCCUCUUCAAGACUAACUCACAAAGCAUGUCAGCAUUCAGGCUACUCUAUAAUCUAGAGGUUCUAAGCAGUCGGCUAGUCCCAUCCCUUCAGGAGGACAAAGCAACGCAGAUGAGCGCGCAGACGUUCCGAGAGAACUUCCUGAACGCAGGUGGACUGAGUCUAGUGAUUAGCGUUCUACAGAGAGAAUCUAUACCACAAGAUAUGGAUGAAGAGACGCGCAGAGGAUGCUAUAUCAUAUGCCUGCAUUUAGCAAGAUUCCUACUCUGCGGAGAGACCACCACUGACGUAAUGGAAAGUGAUCUGUCCCUCACUGAGAGCCAAGCUGAGGUUUCAGCCGAUACCUCGUCAGGAAAUUUAUCAUCGAGCUUUGGAACAUCACCUCGUAAGAUGAGUCUUGUGGAGAGGAUGUCUAGCGUGGAGGCCAGCGGCGAUGUCGCAUACCGGGAAGGGACGUCAAAGGCUAUAGCUGUCAUACAGACAAUGAGUACAUCUGAGUUCUCGUCUAUGAUUGGCUGUCUAAUGCGAGUAUGUUGGGCAGCAGCUGCAGGCCAGUUGCGUCUAGCCAGCUCAGCCAAUCAAAUCAAAGAGAAUUCCCUCGGUGGAUUCGCCAUGGGGAUCAACAGACGAAGCAGACAUAGCAGCGGAGGGAGUUCCAGCAGUGAUGUAGACAGUCAGAAUCUUCAUGCUGGUGUGUGUCUCUUAGCAACCCACGUAUCCACCAAGGACGCCAUGAUAGCUCGAGAAGCUCUGGAGCUACUGAUUGCCUGCUUGCAACUCAGGAGUCACAACCUUUCCUCGUUCUACAACAUGGCAGCCAUGGGUGAUUUUGUCAUCGACAUCCUCUUAGCCUGUCCCCACGGUGAAGUCAGGUCAACUGCCAUGGAACAAUUCUUCACACUCAGCACAACCAGUGUCAACCCAGAGACAAUACGUACUCUCCACCCUAGACACUUCCUUCUCCAGGUUUUGUUGAGGGUACCAGUUCCUUUGUGGACAUCUAGCUGCCUGGUCAGGGGAACCAACCAAAGGAUACUCGGGCAGUGUACACAGUACUUUGAAUUAAGAUGCCGUCUUUUGGAGCAACUAACGAUUGAGGACCAGCGCUUCGUCAAUAUCAACCCAAUGUCUAUGAUACAAGACGAGAUCGACUGGUUGAAUAACUUUGAGCCGUGUGACGUUGAAGAAUCCAGCCUCUCACAGACGGACAACAUUAUCAUCGCUGGGCAUCUACAACUCGCCAAGACGUUGCUCACUUGUGAAGGGGUCGACAAGAGACAGAUAGGGAAACAGUUGAUUGACACCUUGCUGAACGACUACCUGUUCCCAGCCUCUAAGCUGAUCCUAGAGAGCUCCAGCAAUCCAGAUAAACUCAACCCUCAGGCGGAGUACAAUCCCAAAAUCUCUGGAAGGGAGAGUCGCAUCGCGGCCUUUGACCUCUUGGUGACCCUGUGUGAGUUGUGUACGGAGAAUCUACAACAGGUCGGCACUGAGCUCAUGAAUAUGCAUCAUCAGCCUGACCUUACUAUCAUGAAAGAGUGGGACUACCUUCCACCAGUGGAUGGGCGGUCACCCAGCAAGUAUGUGGGACUGAAGAAUGGAGGUGCAACAUGUUACAUGAACUCAGUUAUACAGCAGCUGUAUAUGACACCGGGUAUAAGAGAGGGCCUUCUGAAGGACUUGGAAACAGACGAAGACACCGUCUUCUACCAGAUGCAGUCUGUCUUCGGCCACCUAAUGGAGAGCAGACUACAGUACUACGAACCAGAAAAAUUCUGGAAGGUCUUCAAGCUGUGGGGGCAGCCAGUGAACAUCAGAGAGCAGCAAGAUGCCUUUGAGUUCUUCACAAAUCUCACCGAUCAACUCGAUGAGUACCUCAAAAAAAAUAAACGGAAAGAAGUUUUUAAGCCCAAGUUCCAAGGUUUCUUCUUGGACCAGAAGAUUUGUGAGGACUGUCCACACAGGUAUGAGAGAGAGGAAGAGUUCUUUGCCCUCAACCUGACGGUCAAGAGUCACAGUCUUGAGUCCUCUCUGGAUCAGUUUGUACGAGGGGAGAUGCUAGACGGAGACAAUGCUUACUUCUGUGAAAAAUGCAACGAGAAGCGGAAUACAAUUAAGAGAACGUGUAUCAAGACGUUACCGCCAGUGCUAGUCAUUCAACUCAAGAGGUUUGACUACGAUUGGGAGGCAGGACGAGCGCUCAAGUUUGAUGACUACUUCAAGUUUCCAUGGUUACUUGACAUGGAGCCAUACACGGUUCGAGGCACAGCGAGACGAGAGAGUCAACAACCAGUCGAAUCUCAACCCGAUGCCAGCCCCGAGACUCACAAGGAGAAGUUACUCACUCAGAACUCAUCUGAGGAUUGGUACCAGUUGGUUGGAGUGAUUGUCCAUAGUGGUCAAGCCAAUGCUGGUCAUUACUACUCCUUCAUCAAGGACAGAUGGGGCACAACAAUGACCAACAACACCAAGGGGAAAUGGUUCAAGUUCAACGAUGUGGUAGUCGAGGAUUUUGAUAUGUCGGAGGCUGCUGUUGAAGCUGAGUGUUUUGGCGGCAACUACAAACCAAAGAUCUACGAGCCCAGUGGCAGUUCUUACUCAUCUGAGACCAGGCUUCGUUACUGGAACGGCUACAUGCUCUUCUAUGAACGACUGGAAGGAGCCAAUACCCCACUGGGACCAAUGAGCAAAGUACCAACCGGUACCAACAGAGUCACGUUACUGAAACAAGACAGCGAAGGCGAAAUCCACGUCAUGGAGCCAGUCAGCUCACCUGAACUCUCUCCCCACCAUGACGGGGAUCGGCUAAGUGAGCUCACAGCCCUGGUGCGCAAGGGCGAACACCGGGGGAUGUUUGUGGACCGUAUGCCCCCCGGGAUCCAGCGAGUUAUACGAGACAACAAUCUACAGUUCCUUCGCAAUCGGGCCAUCUACGACCCGGACUACUUCACCUUUCUAUACGCCCUUGCUACGUGCAAUAUGUCCCUUACAUUGAGCAAUCAAUAUGACUCCUUAGCAGUCACCAGCCUCCAGCUAGCCUUCCAGUUCCUAUUCAACACAUACUUCAGAACAAAGAAGAAGUUAAGGUGUGACAUAUCAGAGUGGUGCUCUUGUAUCGAGAUACUUGUUGCUAACAGCAAAGAGGUUUGUUACUGGGCUCUCAACUUCAUGGCUAGUCCACAAGGCCAGGCGUACAUCAAACAAUUCCUUUUAGAAUGUCCGAUGCUACUGCCAGAGGUCCGCAUGGCUUUCUGUCGCAUCAUGCAGUACAUCGUGGAGCAUUUCAUCUCCUAUACCCGCUCCACAGACUCCCCUCAACUGAACUCCAUCAUUGAGUAUCUACUCUCGCUGCUAGACAGGGAGGUACCAGACCACUGCAAGACGUGUCAGCAGUACUUUCUGCUCCUUAGUGCUUACUUGGAUGCGGAUAUCAUGUGCUGCCAGCAUCUAUUUAAUAAGUCAGCAUUUCGUCAUCUUAUAACAUUCCUCUUAGGUAAGGAGGAUCCUCAGAGUGAAGAGGACAUGCAAACCAGACGGUGGACGUCGCUACAGACCAGAGAGUUUGGAUUCCUUCAUACAAUGCUAGCAGUCAUGAUACUGUACUGUGACGCUUCAAAACUAAGAACAGUUGAGCAAGGUGACUAUCCAUCAAGACAAAGGACGCUAAUCAUCCCGACUGAUAAACCACUGCCGAUGCCCAUCGAUAUGGAACAAAUCCUGUGUGGACCGAGGGGUGUCAAGUACAUCAGAGAGGUGAUUCUGAUGUUCCGAGAGGUACCCAACGUGACAACUGCCUUGUUAGAUAUGCUACUACACUGCUGCUACUGCAAUGAUAACUUCACCUUAUCGGUCAUGCUAAUGAUUCACGAUCAGGUGUCUUCAGCGCCCACCAUUGAGCUUAAGCAUAUCUUCAUCCUACUACUUGAGUUAUUGAUGAUGGAGGACCCCCUGCAAGGCAAGAGACUCAAACUCGCUGUUGAGGGCAACAACAACAAUGGACUGCUGGAGAUUAUUCGAAACUGCACGUCCACCGACAGUCGGCGAUCGUAUCAAUGCAUUAAGUUCCUGGUCCAUUUAUCCAACAAGUCACCAAUGGCUAAGGAAUAUCUGAUGACCAUCUCGGGACGCUGGCAGUGGGCGGUCAACUGGCUCAAGAAGAAGAUGAGCGAGCACUACUGGCCACCUCAAAAAGGCUCCAACGAAUCCUCGGCCGGAAGGUCAUUCCAGCGCACCAUCAGCGCCCAGGACACGCUUGCCGAAGCGACCGCCCUCCUGGAUGAGCUCAACACACGGGAUGGGGAGGAUGACGAGGACAUGGAAGAUGACUCGAAUAACAAGAUGGAGGUCAAUGGGUCAUCUGAGGGGUCAGAGGUCAACGGGAAUGAAGACAGCUCCGAGUCUUCCAAGACGCUGGUUCAGGAUGAUGUUGGUGAUCUGGACGAUAUUGACACAUAGUAAAUACCACUACAGAAGAGUUGCCCUUUAUUUUCCCUUCCUUGUAUAUCAAAUGAAAUGUAACUAAUAAUUAUGGGGUCAAAGGUCAGAGUUCAUGGGGAAUUGAGACGGUUCUGAAGAAUUAUGCUUAAAAUGUAGACAAUAGACCUUAUGCAUUACGCAUCCAACCGCCAUCUUAGAGAUGAAACGAUUACGAAACAAUCAUAACGCACAGAUUUGUACGCGCAACGCACAUGACUGGCCAAUAAACAACCACCUUUUUACCUGUCGGCGAGGGCGUCCUACUAAAAUGACGUCAUGUGCUUAAGGGGGCUAGAUGUAUGGUUGUACGCUCCCUAAAGUGAACGCUGCUAAAAGGAGUAAACCAACAAAAUGAUAAAAAUUGUAUUAGUGCCAAAUGUUAAACAGGGCUUGCCUGGAGGUCACCUCUUGAUAACAGUUGAGCCAAACAUGUAUAGUCCUAGUGUUUACUUUUGUUCUCAGGCUGUGUAUUCGGCUCUUGGAACAAAGUAUGAACAUCUUUUUGAGGACAAGGGGUGCCAUAUGGUGUAGAGCCGGCCCAGGAGGGGUGGGGCUCUGGAAGGAUGGGGCUCUACAUACAUGUAGGUUUUGAUAGGCAAGAUUAUUUUUCUGAGGGUAUAAAGAAAAUUGGGAAUCAGAAAUAAGUAGGAAGAACAUCAUGACUACAUUAGCAGUUACUGCAUAUAUCCUAUAUGUAUUUCAUGGUAGUCCCGAUGCACAAAUAUUGUACCAAUUGCACUGGUACGUCAAAGUAUAUUGUAAAUAAAACCAGACGGGUUGUAAGUAGACUCUCAGUUUUUAUAGAAAAAAAAGAAGAAAAUUGUAGAAAAUAUAAAGUGCGUGGUGACAAAAGAAAGCAAUAGAUCCCAUGCCAGUAGUGGAUAUGGAAUACUUGCGCCCAAGGGAGCACAAUAUUUUUCAAUAAUUUUGCCGCAUUAGAGCAGUAGGACAUUAUAAUGAGUUACUACUUUGCUGUAAUAACCGAUCUUUCAACACCAACAGGGUCGAUUCUCUUUUAACGAGUCCUGUAUAUGUACAGUGUAUGCAUGAAGCCAAUGGAGUGAGAUACAAUACACUCUGAGCCGUCUUGUGAGACCAAGGAACAGAAAGUUGCGUCACAAGAAAUUUCAAGUUAAUCUGGUCACUAGUUUUGUGAAGUCACUCUGUACGUCUACAGACGAAUGUACACACAGUUAUCGCCAUGGCUUGGAUCAGCCACGUCGUGUAGAGCCUUGACUUCAUGUGUCUUCUUCUUCCUUUCAAGUGCUGCUUCAAUAAUUGACGAUUACCGCACUGCGGCUGGGCGCACGCGCGAAACAAUGAAACCGUAAGCCAAAUCAGGUGCAAAAUAUUUAUGGUGCGAGUAAAAACUGGCCAGCAAGAUUACUUGCAUUUGUAUUGGUUUUAUGCAUCUGUUUGGAUGAAAGUAUCAUUACAUUACCGCAACAAUGAAGACUUACCUGAUGGGUGUAAUCUUUCCUCGCCUUCCACCUCUAGGACCCCAGUUCAAAUCCAGCCGGGAGGCACUAUGUGGAUUGGGUUUUCAGCCCCAACCUGACCGCUUGGGUUUUUCCCUAGAAUAAUUCUCUGGAGUUUUCUAAACUUCCUUGUCUUCUCUCCAUUGGGUUCUUGGCUAGUACGGUGUUUAAGUUCUCUUUUCUGAGAGUCCUUGUCUUCACAACCAGAAUAAAUGAAAUAAAUAAAUAAAUAAAUGAAAUAAAAUUUAACUGUUUUCUAUUUACUGUUGUUUCCAAUUUGAGGCUCUACACACAAAUGGCUGAUCAUGCAAAGGGCGAUUAGAGACAAACUACAUAUAGCCUUGUUGGACGCCAGUCUCCGUUGCAUUGCACUGAAGGAGUCCAACCCGGGCUCAAUUUUAUGAAGCUGCUCAAGCAAAACAUUGCUUAACAAUUUUCUGCUAAGCAGAAAUAAUAAUAGUAAUAAUAAUAAUAGUAAUAAUAAUAAGACUUGUAAUGUGCACUGAUCCAAUUUUUUUUUUUCUUUUUUUUUUUUAAUACUAUCCAUUGAAUACACAACUAUUUUGUUACAACUAACACAGCUGAUUAUACGUCAAGUUAUUUUUACACACUGAAACUUUCUUCCUAAAAUAACCAUGAACCCGGUUGUAUGGAUGGGUGUUUGUGUCUAACCUGCUUGCUUACGGGGGGUAGGUACUCCCGGUAAUACUGAUGCAGUAAAUGACAAAUGACUUUGCCUCCUCCGUGUCUGCGGCUGCAUCCCGGUGUCAUUUCACCACACAAACAAUGAAUACCAUAAGCAGUUACAACAUUGAUAAUUAAGCCCCACAUCGUUCAACGGUGAAAAUUUAGUUACAACUUUCAUGCGUAAAGACAGUGGACACUAUUGGUUCUUGUCAAAGACCAGUCUUCUCACUUGUUGUAUUUUAACAUUG